AAAGUAAAACUCCAAAAAAUAAAAAAAGUAGAGCAUCACUUAAGCAACACUAUAGAUAAAGAGAGGGUCUUUUUAUAAAGAAAAAACCACCCAAUUUCUGAUUCUCUCGUUUACUCGUAAUCUCUUGUUGAGAGAAAAAAUAAACAAAAUUUUAGAUUAUGGAUUUGGAAUUCUUGCAAACGCUUGAUGUUCAGAUUCUUGUUGGUGCAUCAGUUGCUGUUUUAGCCGUUGUUAUUGGUUCUGUUUUUCUACUUUCAUCCAAGAAAUCCAAAUCCAGAGGGUGUUUGGAUCCUGAGAAUUUCAAGGAAUUUAAACUUGUCAAGAAAACUCAGCUUAGCCAUAAUGUAGCAAAGUUCACUUUUGAACUUCCUUCACCUACUUCCGUUUUGGGUCUUCCCAUUGGACAGCAUAUUAGCUGCAGGGGCAAGGAUAGCCAAGGUGAAGAUGUGAUUAAACCAUAUACGCCGACUACAUUGGAUUCCGAUGUUGGUCAUUUUGAGUUAGUUAUUAAGAUGUAUCCGCAAGGAAGGAUGUCCCAUCAUUUUAGAGAGAUGCGUGUUGGUGACUCUCUUUCAGUAAAGGGACCUAAGGGUCGUUUCAAGUAUCAACCUGGCCAAGUUAGAGCAUUCGGAAUGCUUGCUGGUGGCUCAGGCAUUACUCCAAUGUUUCAAGUUGCAAGAGCAAUAUUAGAAAACCCAAAUGACAAGACAAAGCUACACCUUAUUUAUGCCAAUGUCACAUAUGAAGAUAUUCUUCUAAAGGAAGAAUUGGAUGGCCUUAUAGCCAAGUACCCAGAUCAAUUCAAGGUGUACUAUGUUUUGAAUCAGCCUCCUGAAGUAUGGAACGGCGGUAAUGGCUUUGUAACAAAGGAAAUGAUUCAAGAGCAUUGUCCUGCGCCAGCAUCCGACAUCCAGAUUCUGAGAUGCGGACCUCCUCCCAUGAACAAGGCGAUGGCUGCUAAUCUUGAAGCCCUUGGUUAUUCCCCGGAAAUGCAGUUCCAGUUCUGAUUAUCAAGUUUCUGGACAUGCCUCGGUUCAGACUGCAAUUUAUAUCACUUGAUCGAUGCUCGCCUCUAGUUAAAACUAUCGAUUAAGCCUCGAAAAUAAUUGAAAUUUAAAUAUCAAUCGCUGUUUUCAAUUUCUGAGAAAAUUUUCCGUCAAUUAAGAUGAUUGCCACUGACUUCA